AACGCUUGCAUAUAGAAAUCUGAAUGGAGGUUUUGAGCGGGACAGUCUGAGCUCAGUCUGCCUCUGAACGUUGAGCGUGGAGCAAUUAAAUUUUGGUUUCCAAACUAAAGUCUCCCAGGUUCAUCGACAUGCUGGUCUGCAUCAUUUUAUUGGUUUGGCUGCUGCUGGUGUGGAUGUACUUCCUUUGGAGCCGCCGGAGGUAUUAUAAGGCGGCUUGGCAGCUAAGAGGACCCAUCGGGUGGCCUUUCAUCGGCAUGGGAUUACAGAUGAUGACCCCGGAGACAUUUUUGCAAUACAUGGAUGGCUUGUCACGGAAGUUCAAGGCCCCUUUUAUUUCCUGGAUGGGCACCAAUUGCAUUCUCUACGUUAACGAUCCGAGUACAGUGGAGCAGAUCUUUAAUUCCACGCACUGCACCAAUAAGGGCGACAUCUACCGAUUUAUGAGUUCGGCUAUAGGUGACGGACUCUUUACAUCCAGUUCUCCUCGAUGGCAUAAGCAUCGUCGCCUCAUAAAUCCUGCCUUUGGUCGUCAGAUUCUAAGCAACUUUCUGCCCAUUUUCAAUGCCGAAGCUGAGGUUUUUCUGCAAAAGCUAGACUUGGAGGGAGUCCAACAUGGGAAGCAGCUGGAGAUAUAUCAGAUUCUCAAAAAAAUUGUCCUAGAAGCAGCAUGCCAGACAACGAUGGGUAAAAAAAUGAAUUUUCAACAUGAUCGCUCAACUGCCAUAUUUGAGGCUUACAGUGGCUUAACGGAAGUUUGUGUAAAAAGGAUGCUGUCUCCCUGGCUAUACCCGGAAUUUAUUUACCGACGCUCUAGACUUUUUAGCCAGCAGCAGAAAGUGGUUGGUGAGCUUUUUGGUUUCAUAGAACAGCUUCUUGAGCCUAUUGUGUCGGUGGUAUCUUCCCAUGCCAGUGCUACCGACCAGAACUUAAACGAUUCAAGGAGCAAGUCCAAGUCCAUAUUUAUUGAGCAGGUGCGGGAGCAUGUGGAGCGCGGUCAAUUAAGUUGGCAGGAUGUAAGGGAUGAAGCUAAUGUAACAAUUGCAGCGACCUUCGAGACUACGUCGACAGCACUCUAUUUCGCGAUUCUUUGCCUGGCCAUGCAUCCUUGCUACCAGGAGAAGCUAUAUGAGGAGCUCGUCAGGGAGCUACCUUCUAUUGAAAGUGUUUCCCCCGAUCAGCUCCAACGACUUGAAUACACUGAGAUGGUCAUCAACGAGGCUAUGCGGUUGUUUUCUCCGGUUCCCAUGGUUCUGCGUUCGGCGGAUCAGGACAUUGAAAUCCUUCGUGAUGACGGAGAAUUUUUGAUACCUCAAGGUACUCAGAUUGGCAUUGAUAUCUACAAUAUGCAAAGGGAUGAAAGGGUAUGGGGUCCCCUCGCAAAAACCUACAAUCCGGAGGCGCAUUUCGGUCCAGACUGCCCGCCGCAACAUGCCUUUGCCUUUGUGCCAUUCACAAAAGGACUUCGCAUGUGCAUCGGCUACCGGUAUGCCCAAAUGCUAAUGAAACUGCUGCUGGCCAGGAUUUUCCGGAGCUAUCGUGUCAGCACUGAGGCUCGACUUGAGGAUCUCCUAGUCAAGGGAAAUAUUUCCCUCAAGCUGAAAAAUUAUCCCCUCUGCCGGGUGGAACGAAGAUAAUGAAAUGAGGACUGCCCCUAUCCUAAGCCAGGAUCACCCGACAAUCUAGUUUCUGUAAUUUUUCAAUUAAAACUGACAUUUUUGUUGCUUCUUCUCAGCGUUCAAAAUUGAAUUUGUUUCACUUUUGCUUUGGACCUGUUAACUAUAUUCUUCCUCCGCAAAUUUUCAGCCUGCAAAUGGCUAUAAUGGAUUUCAAUUUGCACUUGUUCCUGCCGCCCGCAAGCUCCCAGCAUACGUUGCGUAUACGUAACCUAAUUGAUUUAAUUGCUUGGAACGCCGGUAGAACACUAUCUGGCAUCUAAGGGCUGGUCAAAGUUUUUGCCAGGAAAGUGGCAUGGCAUUUUCUGGAGUUUGUCGAGCUGAUUGCAUGGGGGCCUUGGGGUGGGCUUCUGGGCAAUAGCUAACAACUCUGGACUUUCAACACAUUUCAAUAUCCUAUGUAGUUGUUGCAAAAAACUAGUUGAUUUUUUUUUAGAUGUAAGAUACGCAGACCUAAAUUAAUACAAUAUUUAAUUACAUUUUGAAAAGGUGUCUUCAACAUAAAAAAUUUUGUUAACAUAAAAAACAAAUUUGUUACAAAUUCAGACUAUAGUUAUAUAAACUUACCUUCGAUUAAGUUAUAUAAGGUAAUUAAAUCAAAAAAAAUAAUAUUGUGAAAUGUUUUGUGAUCGCGAGUCGCGACUUUAUAAUAAUCUGUUAUCUCUCUUAUUCAAGACAUUAUUUUGCGGCUAUAGUCGUCAACCUUCGAUAGCUCAGUUGGUAGAGCGGUGGACUGUAGUUGGAAAACAUGCAAUAGAAAUCCAUAGGUCGCUGGUUCAAAU